AUCCUAAAUAAUCACAUCUUACACGUGGCUGUCAGUUCAUCAUGAAAUUGCUUUCCCACCCUUUUGUGAGUUUCUCAUGAUCUUUUGGAUUUGGGGUAUUUUGUUAGAUGUUUCCUAUGUAUUUUUUCGUGUUCCAAAUUUGAUCUUGAUUUUUCUAUUCUGAGCUAGUUGACUACUAUCCCUUUUCAUUCGUUUACCCUGGUGAAUUUGGAUCUUAAUCAUAUCAAAGGGUUUUUUCUUUUUUUCAUUUUUUUUGUCAGCUUCUUGUGCCUAUGUUGGUGAGGUUUAACCCUCCAUGUCUCACCCUCUAUCACAAUCCUCACCACACUGCAUAUUUCUCCAAGCAAGUGAGAGUUAGGUGCAGUUAUGGGAAACACAUGAAAAGGGGUGGCCUUGGACGGCCUCAGAUAGUGCCUUCAGUUUUGGGGAACAGUAACAGUGAGGGGGUGAGUGUGUUUGUGGUGUCUGACUUGCACACUGACUAUGCUGAGAAUUUGAAGUGGGUAGAGUGCUUGUCUAAUGUGAAGCACAUAAAUGAUGUGCUUCUUGUGGCCGGUGAUGUAGCUGAGACAUAUUCCAAGUUUGUUUUGACAAUGUCUCUUUUGAAAGAGAGGUUUGAACAUGUCUUCUAUGUUCCUGGAAACCAUGAUCUUUGGUGCCGCCGUGAUGGACAGAAUUAUGUUGAUUCUCUUGAAAAGCUGAGUGAAUUGCUUGAUGCAUGUAAUAGAAUUGGAGUGGAGACAAACCCAAAGGUUAUAGAUGAAAUAGGAAUCAUUCCUUUGUUCUCUUGGUAUCAUGAGAGCUUUGACAAAGAGAAGGACAUAACAGGCUUUCGCAUCCCGUCUUUGGAGAUGGCAUGUAAAGACUUCUAUGCGUGCAAGUGGCCAGAGGGCCUUUCAAGUGGUGAUAUGUCCCUCGCUUCAUAUUUUGAUGCCAUGAAUGAUAAACAAAUGGAAGUAAUAAAGGACGUUCAGAUGACCUGUGAUCACAUCAUUACCUUUUCCCAUUUUGUUCCCAGGCAGGAACUUUGUCCCGAGAAGAGGAUGUUAUUCUACCCCAACCUUCCAAAGAUAAUUGGCUCAGACUCUCUUGAGGAUCGAAUAAGAUCCAUACAUGGAGCUAAGGGAAAGAAGGAUGCGUCUUCUUGUCAUGUGUUCGGUCAUACUCACUUCUGCUGGGAUGCUGUUGUUGAUGGUAUCAGGUAUGUUCAGGCACCCUUAGCUUAUCCAAGGGAAAGGAAGAGAAGAAUGAAUGGAGGUGAAAAUUGGCUACCGUUUUGCCUUUAUGCUGACAACAAAUUUGCUGAUAGACUCAGCCCUUGCUAUUGGUCUGAUUAUUACUCUGCAAACCCCAGGACACCUCAUAAUACUCAACUUGCCCCUUGGGUCGCCAGAUUUUAUAAGCAAACAGAAACCGUAGAUGUAUAGUAUUCACUACUGACUUUAGUAAGCUGGAUAUAUUUGUUGUUAUAUAUUCCUCUUUUGUAUUGUUUUUAUUGGAUUAAAUCAAUAUAUAAGUCCUCUGCAAGGUGAAAGUUGCUGUAACACAAGCCAAAUGUAAAAUCUUGAAUGGUUCCACUGUUA